GAUGCUAAUAAUUAUGUCAGGAAAAAAGUCCAAAGUGUGGGAUCAUUUUGAAAAGUCGAAGGACGACCCUAAAAAGGCUGUUUGCAAACUCUGCAGGCAAACAUUUGCCUAUCACUCGUCAACAUCGAAUAUGUCUUAUCAUUUAAAACAUGCUCAUCCACAAUAUAGCAGCAAUGAUGUGGCGUCGUGCGCUUCGACUUCGCAGUCAACAAUGAUGCAGCAGAGAUUCGUUUUGAGACCGCCUCUAAGUGAGAAAAGAAAGCGAGAAAUUACAGAGAAAAUUGUCGAUUUCAUUGCGCUUGAUAUGAGACCAAUCAACGUUGUCCGUGGUGACGGGUUCAAAGAAAUGUUUGAAUUCCUCGAACCAGGCUACACCAUUCCCAAACGCGACACAAUAAUGCAUGGCUUAACAAGCAAGUUCAACACGACUAAAGAAAUUCUUGUUAAGAAAAUUCAAAGUUGUACAGCAGUCAGCUUUACAACAGACACAUGGACCUCUAUCAAGAGUGAGGGUUACAUGACCGUUACUGCACACUUCACGUCUGAAGAUUGGCAACAACAUUCUUUUGUGUUGGAAACAAAAGUGCUGGAGGAGAGCCACACAGCUACCAACAUAAAAGAGCGACUCAGUGAAGUGGUUGAAGAAUUUAAAAUACCUGCAGAAAAGAGGGUAGCAGUCGUACAUGACAAUGCCGCUAAUAUGGUGUUGUGCACAGAACUGAUUUCUGAGGAUCCAUCCUGGGGUAAUGCGAAGGGCGUCCGUUGUGCAGGGCACACGUUACAGUUAUGCAUAAACGCGGCUCUUAAAACUGACCCCAUAUGUCAAUGCAUCGCUGCUGCUAGACGCCUUGUGUGGCAUUUCAAGAAAAGUACUAAGACUACAACAGCUCUGACUCAUAAACAGAAGCAGCAGAAUGUUGCAGAACACAAACUUAUCCAAGAUGUCUCCACAAGAUGGAACUCCACGUACUUCAUGCUGGAGAGACUCUUGGAACAGAGAUGGCCGGUUACAGCUGUGCUGUCAGACCCUGAAAUUACCAAACGUUCUGAACGAGGUCUAGAUCUCACAACAGCACAUUGGCUGACAGCGGAGGACACGGUCGCAGUGCUCAAGCCUAUGGUCACUCUCACUGAGCUGCUUUCUCAGGAUUUAAACGCAUCCCUAUCUGCCACAUUGCCCAUGUUAAUCAACAUGAAGAGGCGCCAUUUGGUGCUGCGCAACGAAGACAGUCCCACCACAAAAGCACUAAAGACAGAACUAGCAAAAGAAAUUGACACGAGAUGGCAACUGACGGAGAAUAUCGCGACCAGCAUUUAUAUUCAAGCUGCUGUCUUAGACCCACGUUUUAAGAGCUUGUCAUUCUUUGACCAACACGAACGAGAAGAUGCGUACUCCACAGUGUCGGAUCUGGCAGAAAGUUUAUCUACAGAAACUGCGCCAGAAAGUGAUCAUGACAGCAUUAGCCCCGCAGAGGAGGGUGAGCCCGAACCGAAAAAGGAAAAGCAGGCCGAGAUAUCCAUGCUGAUGGCCAUUGAUGAGGAGGAGCAUGCAGAAGAGAAGGAUGAAAUAAAAAUGUACUUGGCAGAUAAAACAAAGGUUGAUUCGGGACCAUUGGCAUGGUGGCAAAAAAAUGAACACAGAUAUCCAAAGCUCGCUAAAGCAGCUAAACGACUCCACUGUAUCCCUUCCACAUCCACUCCAUCAGAGCGCAUAUUUUCAAAGGCCGGCUUCAUUGUGAACAAGUCGAGAAGCUCCCUUCUUCCCAACAAUGUGGACAAGCUGGUGUUCCUCUCACAUAAUAUGAAAAAAUUAAAAUCGAAUUGAAAGCUUAGGUAAGAAUGCUUAAUUUCCUUUUUGUAGU